CCCACUGUUCCUCGUCCCAAGAAACGACGGCUACAAGGUGCCUGUGACAUUUGCAGACAGAGGAAAAGCGACAGUGCAAAUAUGCCGUGGAGGAAAUGCUCGAACUGUGUAGCUUUUGGUUCGGAAUGUACGCACAUCGCUGCGUCGGCGAAAGUUCGUAUGUUGGGUCGAACAACACAAAAUUUACCUGGAAAACACGAGAUCGUUAAGGAGGACCUUCAAGUCCAUAUCGAUGCGAUCCUUUCAGAUACUACACCUUACGUUGUUCCAAAUGACCAUUCCCUCGUCCGUGCAAUCCUAGUUGACCUCGCGAGCUAUGUACGGCAGCUCGAAGCCGAUCUUGCUGCAGUCAAGAGCCUUGUCUUAACACCCUCAUCCUCCUCACAAACUUCCCAGACUGCUGAGCCCUCAGACGAAGAAGCUGACGAGUCGAGUCACGAUUACGUUGACGCACUUCGUAGCUUUACCAUCAGUACAAGCAACGUUCGAUAUUUCGGUCGAUCAAGCGGCAUGAUGUUCAUAAAGAAUGCCAUAGAGAUGAAGAAUGCCUACAGCAACUCCCCGUCAACUACUCUUGACCUUCGCCGACCCCACUUCUGGACAGUUUACCCAUGGCAACGUCCAGCUCCAGAAAAUGUACCUCCCCUAAGGUUUCCCCCUCCGGACCUUCUAGAUCAUCUCGUUUCCAUUUUCCUCAACACGACGAACGCACAUUUUUUCCUCCUACAUGGACCUUCUUUCCGUCGCGAGAUUGCUGCAGGGACGCAUUUUUCAUCUCGCGAUUUUGGCAACCUCGUUCUUGGGGUAUGUGCACUUGCUUCGCGACACUCGGAUGAUCCUCGUAUCGGACCAUUGGCGCAAGCUGGAUGGGAGUGGUAUCUUCAAUUGCGACCUAUACAUCUAUCAAGGUUUUCUACUGCGGCAACAUUAUGGGAACUGCAGUUGUACCCUUUGAUGGUCUUGUUCCUGUAUAGUACGACGAGUCCUGAAGCAUGCUUUCUUCUCAUCGGAGUGGGUGUACGAUUAGCCCAGGACGUUGGCGCACAUAGGAUGCGUAUCAAACCCUUGGAAGAGUGGACGAUUGAGGACGAGCAAUGGAAAAGAAUCUUCUGGGCACUGGUUGUCACAGACGUCUUCGUCAGCGCGUUUGUUGGGAGACCAAGGGCGACGACUUCUGAACACUUCGACCUGGAGCUUCCCUUGGAAGUGGAUGAUGACUACUGGCCAGGGGAGGUCCUAGCCGACCCAGAUCACCCAUGGACCCAACCUUUGCACAAACCGGCAGACGUGAAAGCAUGGGUUCUCCACAUCAAACUCCUGGAUAUUCUCAGCUUUGCGCAGAUAACCAUCUACACUACCAAGCGUUCUGCAUAUUGGGACGCGAUAUCCACGCCCGAAUGGCACCAGAAUAUUGCCAUCGAGCUCGACUCGGCUCUCAACAAGUGGAUUGAUUCCAUUCCUGAUUAUUUGCGCUGGGAUCCACACAAUCCUGAUCAAUAUCACUUCGACCAGUCCGCGCUCCUCUACUCUACGUAUUACUGGGUUCAAAUGCAAGUUCAUCGAAGGUUCAUACCUAGUCCCAGCACCAGCAAAGACCCCGGGAAGUUGAACAAGGGUUUCCCAUCGCUUUCUAUCUGUGCCAACGCCGCAAGGACAUGCAGCCAUAUAGUGGAUAUCCAUGCAAAGACGAGAAUGCUCGCGCUUCCAAACCUAUUAGUAGCAGUAUUCCACUCGGCUCUGGUACUCCUACUGAACCUUUGGGGAGGAAAACGCUUAGGCCUAUCGACGAAUCCAAGCAGGGCAAUGGAGGAUGUGUUCAAAUGCAUGAACGUCAUGCGUAAAUACGAAGACAGGUACCUUGUCGCGGGGCGGUAUUAG